AUGCCCGACAUCGACCCCGCGGCCUUGAGCCGUCCGACAGUCAGCCUAUCGACGCCGAUUUUGUCAAGCAAGACGCUACCCAUCUCCGCGCCCGGCUCGGGGAAGCCAUUCAAGACUAGCCAGGUUAUUCCUGCCCGAAUUGACCUCGAACCAUUGUACACGGCGCUCAAGAGUGCCAUUGGUGAAAAAUGGCUGGUGUACAAAGAGUCGACGUCUGAGUUUCUGAUUGGUCGUCUAAGUCAAGCCGAGUACUCGGAACGGAUAGAUCCCAUCCUCGCCGACGGCACGGGCGAGAAAGACCACCUUCACAACCAGCUCGUCGCAGCUCUACUCGGGAAUGUGACGAGAGAAAUGCCUGACCCGGGCCUGGCGCCUUGGGUCAGUGCUAAUGACAAACCUACUGCUAGUGCUGGCAGCAAACCCGUUACUGGCGAUGCGACUGAGCGGAAACUCAAGGGAGAAGUCAUGCAAUUGCCGCCCCGAGACCGAAGGCGCAUCAAAGACCUCAUCCACAACGAUUAUGACCCUCGCGACGGUUUAUUCAAUCUUUUUACAGACACGAAUCGUAAAAAUCCAGCUGCCACGGAUGCCGCCCCGAGCACGGCAACAGGUAUCAAUAACAUGAACUUUGAUUUGGAGAUUCGAAAGCGAUUCACUCAACCCCUAGCAGUCGAGUCGGGCGAGUUCCCCGACUUUGGAGUCGUCACUGCGCGAAUGCUGCCCUUUUGCUACGAAGCUGGACUUCCUAGCGGCCACGUGGCAGAUGCGCCGCAGCUCAUAACGAUAGCAACCGAAAUAUUCAUCAAGGAAGUGCUGACGCAGAUAUUCAGCCGAACGCGAAGCAACGGCCCUGGGGAUUCGGCAAAUGUGUGCUACGGCAUCGGCACGACGUGGAUUCAAACGCACAAGUACAAGAAACAGCUCCACCUGGAAGAGGAGGGCUCAAUGCGAGGGGAGGUCAACCGGGACAAGUUCGGACUGCUUCCCAUCGAAGCCAAGGCUGCCAGCGAACGUGGACCGUUGGGCACCGCCGACUUGAGGAUCGCGCUGGAAAUGGCUGAUUCAGGCAUGUCCAUCUUCCCGGCUCUCAUGACGCAAGUUCUGUACGGGUACCGCGAGGGGGAGUUGGAAGGCUGGAAUGACUAUACAUGGGUCAACAAUGAGCCACCCUCGAUUGAGCAAGUCGCAGACGAACUUGAUCUCCGAUCCAGAAUGAACGGCCACACAGACGCCAUGGACAUUGACGAGGAGCCGUGGUGGGACGGCGCAGGUACCAAGGACAUGGACGCAUUCGACUCUGUCUUGGACUCGUGCCUCGCUGUUGGCUCAUAG